GAUGACAGAAAUGCUACAUUCGAUUGGGCUGUGUGUACUAGUGUUUGAACUCUUGCCUGAUCUAGGCGCCGUGCAAAGGAUAUGUCUUCUGAGUGCUACAGUAUUACUUCCGAGCGUUUUCAAAUUAUUUUCGAUUCGGGAAUCGCAAUCGUUUAAAAAGGGAAGAAAAUUAGGAAAUGCAAUUAUUAUAAUUUUUGAUAUACUCGCCAUUGUCAUGCAGUUGUCAGCUAUUCUUUUUCUCCUUCUCCCGUUUUUUAAGUUGAAGCCAGAAACAGAUCAACUAAUAAAUGAUGAAGAAACGCAAGUACUCGACAACGGUAUUUUCAGUGAACUCUCCACAGAUUUACGGUGGUACAUCAAGGUAUUACUAUCGUUACUUCUCUGCUCCGUAUCAUGGUGGGAGAAUUUUGUACUUGAUAAGGAUUGCUGCUCAAAAGCUGCUCAACAGAAUAUCCGAAAAGUUAGAUACGAGUUACAGGAAAGCCGACCUUACAUAUACAUAAUUGUUUCAUUCCUGAAAAUUGCCACAACAAUUUUGUUUGCACGUCUUCUCGUCGGGGAAUCCAUGGGAUUGUUGAAUGGUGAAUUCUGGUCUGAAGUAACAGAUUACAAAAAUGUAGCCUUCUUCUCCGAUAUAAUUGCUCUUAUAGUAUCCAGUUUCGUUGGAUACUAUGCUGCAUACACAUCCUGUAAAUUACAGAUGCAGCAAAUCUCGUUCUCCCUACCUUGCCUACUAUCGACGCCGCUUUUUAUUACACUUUUAACAUAUUACUGCGAAACGAAUGAAGAUUUUAUUACGAUGUUUUCCACUAAUAAUAUAGAUUCGGAUUGCGACGAAGAAAUGUUAGGCAAUAGGAUUCAUGUUCUGAUUUCUGUAGUAUGGCUUUUGUCCCUAUAUUGGGUUGGACAACACAUCUGGUUUCCUACUCAGGAACGUCUGGCUAAAGUGAAAACGUUGUUUGUUAAUCCGCUGUAUUGUGGGAUACUAUUAGAGCAACAUUUGGUAAUGAACAGAAAACGAAUGCAUCAGAGAAUAUAUAAACGAGAUAUAAAGAAAAACGAAAAAAAUAAAGUAGAGUUUAUGUAAGUUAUUAGUUGUU